AUGUUAGCGCUACCCACACAACGUCACCACCUUUCAACCAUACCGUCACCACCAUCUUCACAUCCUUCCUAUCAGCAACUACCCCAGCAAUUCGCCGCACAACACCUCUACGACCAGAAGCUCCUCAACGACUACCUCGAGUCUCAGCAACCUUACGGCACUUCAUCUGGCAGUGCACCCAACUCGUACAUGACGAGCGCAUACCCUGAUUUCGCGAAUCCGGCUAUCCGAAUUCAACAGUCGACGCCAACACCGCAGCUUCCCCAAGGCUUCGCACAACCACCUAUGCUCUCGACCAACAACACCAGCACUGGACUCGAGUCCUGGAACAACUACGGUAAUGUGCAAGGUCAAUCUCUUCAGACACCUUCGCAGAAACAGAACCGCGGCCACCAGCGCGCCUCAUCAUCGUCCUCUAUAGGCUCAAGUGCCUCGCAAUACCAGGCCGUUGGACCUUCGGCAGCCUACCAGUAUGUAGCUCGCUCCGAGUAUUCGCCUUCGCACGAGACUGCGCUGGCUGACUCAUUGAACAUGGCUGACAUAUUCUUAAGAUCGUUCCAGAACCAUCUUCCUACACCCUCACAAACACCUACUCAGGAUUCGUUUAUGAACGGCAACAACUUCAGCAGCAACUUCCCUACAAACUCGGUCAACAUGGAUCACACCAUGUCUGCACACAUGUCGAUGAAGCAAGCGCUCAUGGACCAAAGUGAUGACGUACCAGACUACGCGCACUCCACCGGGCAGUCAGUCUCGAGUUACGGACACGACUCUCCUGCUACGCCACACACAGGACAGGACGAGAUGGACUUUAAGAUGCCUGCGAAUGGUGAGAACCUCUGCAGGAUAGACUCCUGGCUCUUUAACCAAUUCUGUGCUUACGAUGAACCAGACAUACGCCCCGUGCCCAAGUUUGAAAGGACAUACACCGACAUUGCUGCCGACACUGGCUUCUACGAGCCCAGCGCUUCCCAAUCAGUAUCGCAGUCAAAGCCAGCACAGUCGUCGUUGCUCUCGCCAUACCGGAGCAACGCCAACGAGAGUGUGCAGCGCGCUCUACAGGCAGCACAGUACGCGCGCUCACAGUCGCCAAGCAGCACCGCCUCAAGAAGUGACUCACCCUUCCGCAAGAGCUCACCUUACCGUCAGCCUAGCAACACGUUCAACUCGCCCAUGAACACUGCUGUUGCGACACGUGAGCAGAACCGCCAGGCUGAUGCGGCUUACGCUAUGAAGUCCCAGAUGCAGCCGAGCGAUGAUUCAGAGCCAAAGACCAUCUCGCCCAAGGACGCCCUGCUGGACUUCCGGGAAUCCGACGAAGAUUCCAAAGUUCCCUUGUUCCCGGACAGUGGCGCUAGCGAGUACGACGGCCAAUACAACGGUGGCGACCAAUAUAGGACCACUACCCAAUCCAGCUUCGAUGCACCAUCAUCAUCACAGUCCUACAGUCGCGACAGUUGGGCAACACCACAAUUCUCAGCCAACUUCUCCACUGCCACCGCUCCAUCAUUACAACAGUCGUCCAGCUUCAACUUCGCCACACCAUCAAUAGGAAAUAUGCACAAUCUGCCUAUGAACGCACCAUCUCAGUACCGAUCAACACCCAACACCAUGUCGUCCGCCGUCGACCAGACACCCGAGUUCCCUGCACAUUUGACAUCAAUGGAGUCAAGUGCCAGCGAAGCUGAGCCACCAAACGGCAGCCAAAAUAAUGUCCUGUCCGACCGCUACAUGACAAAGCCAACAUCUACGACUGCCGAGUCUGGUACCUACUCAUGCACGUAUCAUGGCUGCUCCCAGCGUUUCGAGACCCCACAAAAGCUUCAGAAGCAUAAGCGUGAGGGUCAUCGAAGUGCUAAUCUCAGCACCGCUAUGACGUCGGCGGCUAUCUUGGAGCGUAAUUCGCAAGCGGGACCCCACAAGUGUGAGCGCAUCAACCCCACGACCGGCAAACCUUGCAACACUGUAUUUUCCCGCCCUUAUGACCUCACUCGUCAUGAGGACACGAUACACAACGCGCGCAAGCAAAAGGUCCGAUGCGCACUUUGCGUUGAGGAAAAGACUUUCUCGCGCAACGACGCAUUGACACGCCACAUGCGCGUGGUGCAUCCUGAGGUCGACUUCCCCGGAAAGCACCGCAGGCGUGGUGGUAACCACGACUGA